GUUCCCAUCAAACACGGUGGAUGAAAAAUAUGGCAGAAAAGACUGUGCUACCUAUCCUACACUUCAAUGAUGUUUAUCGUGUUCAACAAACAUCAAAACAAGGUACAAUCUCGGCAGAUCAAUUCGCAGCAAAGAUUGCACAAAUACGAACAAAAUGGGGAGAAAAGAGUCGAGCAUUAGCAUUCUUGGAGGAAGAGCAGCAGCAGCAGCAGCAGCAGCAAGAAGACAAGGCAGUCGAACAUAUUCAACAUAAUUCUACAUCUACCUCUGAUCCACUACAUGGCCUAACACUUUUCUCUGGAGAUGUUUUCAAUCCCAGUAUCGAAUCAAGUGUAACACGUGGAGAACAUAUGAUUGAAAUCUUGAAUGCAAUGUCGAUCGAUUGUGCAUGUUUGGGUAAUCAUGAUUUCGAUUUCGGUUAUCCACAUUUAUGCAAAUUAAUGCCACAAACAAAUUUCCCUUGGACGUUUUCAAAUAUCGCAGACGUUCAACAUACAGAUCCACAACGUGGACAUGAAAUCGAACCACAAGAAACGGAUAAACAAGUUGAUGGUACUUUACGAGCUUGGGUGACGGAAAUGCAUGGAGGAGUUCGGGUUGGAUGUAUUGGUUUGGUAGAAAGAGAUUGGAUUGCAACCGUUCCUGCUUUUCCACCAAAUUUUCGUUAUAGAGGAAUGGUAGAAAUUGCAAAACAAUUAUCCGAAGAAUUACGUGAUCCGAACGGACAACAUAAAUGUGAUUUGAUCGUUGCUUUGACUCAUUGCAGAUUACCGAAUGACAUCGAUCUGGCAAAUGCUUUGGGCGCUACUAGCGAUUCACCGGAAGAUCAACAUGGUGUCGAUCUUGUGUUGGGAGGACAUGACCAUACCUACUAUAUUGGCAAUGGGAUCGAUAAAUACGAAGGAGAAGAAUGGGGAACAUCUAUGCCAGGAACAGAAAAGGACAAAGGAUGCAUGCUGAUAAAAAGUGGAACAGACUUCCAUGAUCUAAGUGAGAUUGAAUUGCAAUUGAGCGAACCCAAAGAAGGUGUAAUACGAAGACGGAGAAUCGUUGGUGCAAAAGUACGACGUCAUAAAACAAAGCCAAACGAUGAAACGUUACCAGAAUUAAAAGCACACAUUGAUGAAUUGAUGAAACGUGUCGAUCAAGCAACCGGACAACCUGUUGCAUUUGCAAUGACUUCUUUGGAUUGUCGAAUGGACAAAGUUCGUACGGACGAAGCGGGAGUAGGAAACUUUAUCGCGGAUAUCCUCUUGCACAGUUAUGAUGAUGCUUUACGUCAACGUGAUCAACGUGGCGAAUUCGAAGAAAGAAGGGCAGAUGAUGCACGAGAGGUAGAUUUAGCUUUCAUUUGUGGCGGUAGUCUACGUGGUGAUGAAGAAUUUGGACCGGGUAUCAUUACUCUACGUGAUAUUUUGACAAUCAUGCCAUUUGAAGAUGCGGUGAUCGUUAGAAAUCUUAAAGGGAAGGAUAUCUUGGAAGCUUUGGAGAAUGGUCUGGGCGCAUACCCAAGCCAAGAAGGUCGUUUCCCACAAGUUGCCGGCAUUUCUGUCGAUUGGGAUUCAAGUAGACCGCCAGGACAACGUGUGGUGGAAGUAAGAUUGCUCAAGGAUGUGCACUUAUUCGAUGAAGAAGGUAAAAGAGAAACUCCGACAAACGCAUCUCCAGCAUUAGAAGGAGGUGAAGGAGCAGAAACGUAUGCGUUCGAACGGAAAGAAGAAGGUGGAUAUUCGAUCGAAGUGAACAAACCUCGAAUUCGUAAAGGAGAAAAGUUGGAUCCUGAUCGAAUUUAUCGAGUGGUCACGCGUGAAUACAUGGGUGAUGGUCAUGAUGGUUAUGCGGCAUUGGAUCGAGCUUGUGGAGAAGAUUUAGUCGAUCACGAAAACGGUAGCUUGAUGAGUACGCAAGUUCGUAAGUUCUUGCUUGGUGCUUCAUUGAUUUGGCGAUUGAAAGCAUUCCGUGAUCAAGCCAAAGACGAUGGACUUUCCGUUGUUGGUCAAAGAGAUACACUUUCUCACAAAACCAGAAAAGCCAUCGAACGAGCUCAUGCUCUUUCUGAUCCACCUUUGCCGUCUUCAACAAUCAAGAAUCAUCCUAGUGCUGUACAGGCUACAUCUGCUGGUGCCGAGAGUGCUGAUGCCAAAGGUGGUUCGGGACAAGCGACACCCAAGAAAGCAGGAUCACGUAGGGUGGUUGUGGAUUCCAGUCCAGGUGCUUUUAGAGAUGCGAUGCAUGUAGGCGCAAGUGAACAUCAUUCUCAUUAUGAUGCAGCUUCGAAGCAUUUCCGUGAUUCUCGUGUUCCAGCGAAUGCUCGAUUACGUUCUCCCUUAUCAGCUUCUUCAAUGCGCAGUGAUCGGAUUGAUCGUUCGAUUGAUUCAGUUCUAGCUGGAGAUGAUGGCGGUGGCGGCUUGACGGGAGAUGAUUCACAUUUGAGUAAUGGCGAACUUUCUGCAGAUGAAGAAGGACAAGAUUCGAGUAACUUUUUACGAGAAUUGCGAAGACGAAAUGAAGAUGAACUUGCAGAAGUCGGGUCUGUUUCUUCUUCGGGUGAUAUGGAGUCGCCAUCAGCUUUCCGUGCUCCUACAUCAGCAUCCACAAUGAUGGGUAGCAAUGAUGAUCUUUUGAUGGCAGGUUCUUCUUAUUUUUCACCAAAAGCGAUCAGAAGACAUGUCGAAGUUACUGCAGAAGAUGGUGCUCUCUUGCGUUCAUCAGAGGGAAGUUUGGCCAUCAUUGCACCUAUGCGUGAUGGUCGUUUGGUCGAUCUUGCAAGGAGUAAAACGAAGAAUGCAAAGAAAGAAUAGAAGGUGGAUGUCACUAACGCUAUGAUCCAUAAACAUUUGUACACUUUAUGCAAUCCAUAGACUAAUACUAGAGAUGAUGAGAGGAAAUCUGAGUCAAUAAUUGAUGCACUAUCACAACACACACGCACGCCACCAGAUGAAUAUCGUUUGAAAUGAUUGAUUGCAAAGCAGGUACAUGGCAGCCAGCGAGCUGCAAUCCAAUGCCGACAUCCACUUCCAAUCAAGAGUCGGAGACGUUCUUGAAAGAGAGAAAGCAAAAAGAAGACAAAAGAAAAGGAGGAAAAAA